AAACCAUUGGAUUUUAACUGUCCCAAGAAAUUGCAAUGGCUGCAAGUAGCAUCAUCUCCAUUUCCUCUGCUUCAAUCUUGAGUCCAACAACAACACAACCAAAAACUCAAAGUUUGCUAAAGCAGAAGGACCAUGAACAAGUUCCAUCAUCCUCUUUCAUGGGCAACACAACAGUAACUGCUCUUAAGAUAUCAAGAUCAACAACAACAACAACAAAAGUGGGAAUUAUUACACGUAGGUUGAGUUGCUCAGCCUCAGCGUCUUCCUCUUCCACUCUUCCCUCAGCUCUUCUAUUUGACUGUGAUGGAGUCCUUGUUGACACUGAGAAAGAUGGCCACCGCAUAUCUUUUAACGAAACCUUCCAAGAGAGAGAACUAGGCGUUACCUGGGACGUGGACUUGUACGGGGAAUUGCUCAAAAUUGGAGGUGGAAAAGAAAGGAUGACAGCAUACUUUAACAAAACAGGUUGGCCUGCAAAUGCCCCAACAAGUGAGCAAGAAAGAAAAGACUUCAUAGCUUCACUUCACAAGCGAAAGACAGAACUAUUCAUGGCCCUGAUUGAGAAAAAACUUUUGCCUCUUCGCCCAGGUGUUGCAAAGCUUAUUGAUCAGGCUUUAGCUCAAGGAGUCAAUGUUGCUGUUUGCAGCACUUCCAAUGAGAAGGCGGUCUCUGCAAUAGUAUCCUUCUUGCUGGGACCUGAGCGAGCAGAAAAAAUCAAGAUAUUUGCAGGAGAUGUGGUUCCCCGCAAAAAGCCUGAUCCAGCCAUCUAUCUGUUAGCAGCCAGCACUCUGGGUGUUGAACCUUCAAGAUGUGUUGUGGUGGAGGACAGUGCCAUAGGCCUUGCAGCUGCUAAAGCAGCCGGGAUGAAGUGUAUAAUAACAAAGAGCGGAUAUACAGCAGAUGAAGAUUUCUUAAAUGCAGAUGCUGUCUUUGACUUCAUUGGUGAUCCUCCUGAGGAGAGAUUUGAUUUGGCAUUCUGUGGUAGCCUUCUUGAGAAGCAAUAUGUGAGCUAGCAAACUGUCAAGUUAUGAUGCUCUUUGAUUUUGUUUUAUUCAAGUCUCCUUCCCUAUUUCUACCAGUGCCCGAUUCAUCAUAUGUUUUCAAGCACACCCUUUUAAUUCAAUCAUGAAAAGUUCACCAUGGUUUGUAUAAAGAAGCUCAUUUUCUUUCCAUUUUCCCCCCGUAAUAUAUAUAAAGAAAUGAGGCUUGAAAUUUUAAAUAACCCUUC